AUGGCUGAAGGGAGCAGCAGCAGCAGCAGCCCCUGUCUCUCCUUCUUGUCUUUAUCGAAACCCUUUCUGCCGCAGCAGCUGCACGAAGCCCUUUCAAGCCGCUGCAGCUCAUCAGCAGCAGCAGCAGCAGCAGCAGCAGCAGCAGCACCAGCAGCACCAGCAGCAGCAGCAGGAGCAGCAGCAGCAGGAGACUGUCUACACUGUGUACAGAUUUGUUGUUCCUACAAAAGGGAUUACAAACCAGCAGCAGCAGCAACCGCAGCAGCAGCAGCAACCGCAGCAGCAGCAGCAGCAGCAGCAGCAGCAACACUAGCAACAGCAGCAACAGCAACACUAGCAGCAGCAGCAGCAGCAGCAGCAGCAGCAGCUGAGAGAAGACACCUCGAAGCAAAAUGGCGGGAGUGGGGCUUCCUUCUGACCAGGCUGCUGCUGCUGCAGCAGCAGCAACAGCAGCAGCAGAAGCAGCGGGAGCAGCAACAGCAGCAGCAGCUGGGGGCGGACCCACCCUGGCUUCUCUGCAGCAGCAACGAGAGCAGCAGCAGCAGCAGCAGCAGCAGCAGCAGCAACCGUCUAUUCAAGCAGCAGCAGCAGCAGCAGCAGGAGCAGCAGCAGCAGGAGCAGCAGCAGCAACAGCAACAGCAACAGCAGCAGCAGCAGCAGACAUAUAAUGUAUCAGCAGAAGCAGCAGCAGUAGAAGCAGCAGCAGCAGUAGCAGCAACAUCAGCAGCAGUAUCAGUAUCAGUAGCAACAGCAACAGUAGCAGGCUCCACAGCAGCAGCAGCAACAGCAGCAGCAGCAGCAGCAGCAACAGCAGCAGCAGCAGCAGCAGCAGCAGCAACAGCAGCAUGA